AUGAGCAAUGGUAACAAUUUUCUCGACUUAAAAUGCUUGGCAACACACGUUUUAUUUACGAUUUCUCACGGCUAUCAUACAUUUUCCAUAACAUUAGCCUGGGCUAUAUACGAACUAGGAAGAUAUCCGAAUAUACAAAGGAAAAUUCAGAAUGAGUUGGACGAAAUAUUUCGAGACGAUCCAAACAGAAGUACGACAAAAGAAGAUUUAUCAAAAAUGGCGUACUUGCAACUCUUCAUUAAAGAAAUAUUGAGAAAAUAUCCAGCUUUGCCAGUGACGAUGAGAAGUUCGGAAAAAAUGCUACGAUUUGGUGAGGAAAUGAUUCCGAAAAAUUCCAUUUAUUUCAUCGAUAUAUUUCAUAUGCAGAGGAAUCCUGAAAUAUAUACGAAUCCAGAAGUCAUCGAUCCUGACAGAUUUCUUGAAGAGAAUUCUAAACGGAGACAUCCUUAUUCUUUCGUCCCAUUUUCGGCUGGAAUUAGAAAAUGUAUUGGUAAGGAUUUUAAUUUUUAA